AUGGCUUCCAGGAAAACACUAACUCUUAACGAAAUAAUAUCAGUUCUAGAAGAUGAAAGCUCUAUAAUUUCAGCAGACAUAUUUAUUACACCACCUGAGAAUGGUAACUUUAGUGAUGAAGACAGUGGAAAUGAAGAUUCUGGGGACAUAAAUAAUCUUGGUCGACGACAAUUAUUAGCUGAAGCCGAGGUACGAUGCACAGUUCCAUCGGCAGAGGGCGUCUUGGAAACUACUGAAAUUACCUCAAUGAACCAAAAUGAACAGAACGAGCAACCGCUACCAGCUUUAGAGCUAAAAGCUAAAGCUAAAAUUGUCGUAAGUAGGAAAUGGAAAUCAAAGGACAUUACUCCAAAGCAUGAGAAAGCAUCAAUUCCACCCGAAUUUGUUUUCGAUAAAAGUAAUCCUUUAGAAUUCUUCGAGAUGUUUUUUGACGAUGAAGUUUACGAACUGCUACGCUCUAGUACAGAAAAGAAUGCGAUUGCCAUAUCACAAAUGAAUUUCAGAGUUACAACUGAAGAAUUAAAGAGUUUUAUAGGUAUUUUACUCUUAUCGGGUUAUAAUAGUGUCUCACGAUACAGAUUAUACUGGGACCAUAGUAUAGAUACUCAUCAUGCAGGAGUUGCCUCGUGCAUGACUCGUAAUCGGUUCGAAGAACUGCUACGUUAUUUCCACGCAAGUGGCAAUGGCCAUAUUUCUCCUGAUGAUAAAUUCGGUAAAGUAAGGCCUUUAUGGGAUAUGAUGAAUACAAGAUGGCUUAAGUUUUUUCCUGGAGACAAACAUUUAUCUAUAGAUGAAUCGAUGAUACCAUAUUUUGGAAAACACGGAACCAAGCAGCACAUUCACGGCAAGCCAAUUCGUUUUGGGUAUAAAAUAUGGUCACUCUGCACACGAUUGGGGUAUCUAAUUUUUGUUGAACCAUAUCAGGGAGCUAAAACUGGUUGUACAAACCCAUAUCUCGGAGUAGGUGGCUCUGUUGUCAUGAACUUAAUUUCGAAGCUUCCAGAGAAAGAGCAUUACAGCUUUUAUAUAGAUAACUUCUUCACAUCUUUGCGCUUACUUGAUAAUUUAAUACCGUUAAAAGUGAAUGUGAAUGUUCAAAAAAUCGGCGAAAAUAGUCAGCGAUGCCAAAUAAUCAGGGAUGAAAAUCACUGUGACUGCAAAAUCACAGUCACAAAUAACGUUAUUCCUCAAAAGUUACGAGAUCGCGCUUCUCUAGGUGGUACGACAUCUUAA